GCUAGAGGUCAUAGGUGAUAGGCAAGAUGUCUGCUGACGGUGGCUCUGAGCGGUGGUUGAGAGGAGCAUCUUCGUGACAGGAGCUCGGCUAGGGCGGUUGGAGGGAGCCGAGUCCGAAGAGCGUGUUUGAGGCGGCGGAUCGGGCCGGGCCGGGCCUGGCGUGGGCGCCGAGGGAGCCCUGGCCGCGGGGCGUGACUUUGAGAGUGCGGGGGAGCGGGGAGAGUGAGGUGCCGGAGCCCCGUAACGCCCGCAGUCCUCCGGGAAGCCAGGCUCGGCGGGAUCGCUUCAUGACGCCGACUGGUUUAGAGCCCGCCAGAAUGAACAGGAAGAAAGGAGACAAGGGCUUUGAAAGCCCAAGGCCAUAUAAAUUAACCCAUCAGGUCGUCUGCAUCAACAACAUAAACUUCCAGAGAAAAUCUGUCGUGGGAUUUGUGGAACUGACUAUAUUUCCCACAGUUGCAAACUUGAAUAGAAUCAGGUUGAGCAGCAAACAGUGUAGAAUAUACCGAGUAAGGAUCAAUGAUUUAGAAGCUGCUUUUAUUUAUAAUGACCCCACCUUGGAAGUUUGUCACAAUGAAUCAAAACAGAGAAACCUCAAUUACUUUUCUAAUGCUUAUGCGGCUGCAGUUAGCGCUGUGGACCCUGACGCAGGAAAUGGAGAACUAUGCAUUAAGGUGCCGUCAGAGUUAUGGAAACAUGUUGACGAAUUAAAGGUCCUAAAGAUACACAUCAAUUUUUCUUUGGAUCAGCCAAAAGGAGGUCUUCAUUUUGUGGUACCCAGUGUAGAGGGAAGUAUGGCAGAGAGAGGUGCUCAUGUUUUCUCUUGUGGGUAUCAAAAUUCCACAAGAUUUUGGUUCCCAUGUGUUGACUCAUACUCUGAAUUAUGUACAUGGAAAUUAGAAUUUACGGUGGAUGCUGCAAUGGUGGCUGUUUCCAAUGGAGACUUGGUGGAGACAGUGUACACCCACGAUAUGAGAAAAAAGACCUUCCAUUACAUGCUAACUAUCCCAACAGCUGCGUCCAAUAUCUCCUUGGCCAUUGGACCCUUUGAAAUACUUGUCGAUCCAUAUAUGCAUGAGGUUACUCAUUUUUGUUUACCCCAACUUCUUCCAUUGCUUAAGCAUACCACGUCAUAUCUUCAUGAAGUUUUUGAAUUUUAUGAAGAAAUUCUUACAUGUCGAUAUCCAUACUCCUGUUUUAAGACUGUAUUCAUUGAUGAGGCUUAUGUUGAAGUGGCUGCUUAUGCUUCCAUGAGCAUUUUUAGCACAAACCUGCUACACAGUGCCAUGAUUAUAGAUGAGACACCUUUGACACGAAGGUGUUUAGCCCAAUCCUUGGCCCAGCAGUUUUUUGGAUGUUUCAUAUCCAGAAUGUCUUGGUCUGAUGAAUGGGUACUGAAGGGAAUUUCAGGCUAUAUUUAUGGACUUUGGAUGAAGAAAACUUUUGGUGUUAAUGAAUACCGCCAUUGGAUUAAAGAGGAGCUGGACAAAAUAGUGGCAUAUGAACUGAAAACUGGUGGAGUUUUACUACAUCCCAUAUUUGGUGGAGGAAAAGAGAAGGAUAAACUCAUCUUACAGGUUUUCAAUAAACUGCUAAGCUUGGCUAGCACUGCUUCAUCUCAGAAGUUCCAGUCACAUAUGUGGAGUCAGAUGUUGGUUUCUACAUUUGGGUUUUUGAAAUCCAUCUCGAAUGUCUCUGGCAAAGACAUUCAGCCUUUAAUAAAGCAGUGGGUAGACCAGAGUGGAGUGGUAAAAUUUUAUGGAAGUUUUGCAUUUAAUAGAAAACGAAAUGUUUUGGAAUUGGAAAUAAAACAAGAUUAUACAUCUCCUGGAACCCAGAAAUAUGUGGGACCACUUAAAGUGACAGUGCAGGAGUUAGAUGGAUCCUUCAAUCAUACAUUACAAAUUGAAGAAAACAGCCUUAAACAUGAUAUACCCUGCCAUUCCAAAAGCAGAAGGAAUAAGAAGAAAAAAAUUCCGCUGAUGAACGGCGAAGAAGUUGACAUGGAUCUUUCUGCAAUGGAUGCUGACUCCCCUUUGCUGUGGAUAAGAAUAGACCCCGAUAUGUCAGUACUGAGGAAAGUAGAAUUUGAGCAAGCUGAUUUUAUGUGGCAGUACCAGCUCCGCUACGAGAGGGAUGUCGUUGCCCAGCAGGAAUCCAUUUUGGCUUUGGAGAAGUUCCCCACUCCAGCGUCACGGCUGGCGCUCACCGACAUAUUAGAACAAGAGCAGUGUUUCUACCGAGUAAGAAUGUCAGCUUGCUUCUGCCUUGCAAAGAUUGCAAAUUCAAUGGUGAGCACAUGGACAGGACCACCAGCCAUGAAGUCACUCUUUACUAGAAUGUUCUGUUGUAAAACUUGUCCAAACAUUGUGAAAACAAACAACUUUAUGAGCUUUCAAAGUUAUUUUCUACAGAAGACUAUGCCAGUUGCAAUGGCUUUAUUGAGAGAUGUUCACAACCUUUGUCCCAAAGAAGUCUUAACAUUUAUUUUAGACUUAAUCAAGUACAAUGACAACAGAAAAAAUAAGUUUUCAGAUAACUAUUAUCGUGCAGAAAUGAUUGAUGCCCUUGCUAACUCUGUUACGCCUGCAGUCAGUGUGAAUAAUGAAGUGCGAACUUUGGAUAACUUAAAUCCGGAUGUGCGACUCAUUCUUGAAGAAAUCACCAGGUUUUUGAAUAUGGAAAAACUUCUUCCGAGUUAUAGACAUACCAUUACUGUCAGUUGUUUGAGAGCCAUACGCGUUCUUCAGAAGAAUGGACAUGUGCCAAGCGAUCCAGCUCUUUUUAAAUCUUAUGCAGAAUAUGGCCACUUUGUGGACAUUAGGAUAGCAGCUUUGGAAGCAGUUGUUGAUUAUACUAAAGUGGACCGGAGUUAUGAAGAACUGCAGUGGCUACUUAAUAUGAUUCAGAAUGACCCUGUGCCCUAUGUAAGACAUAAGAUUCUAAACAUGUUGACUAAGAACCCACCAUUUACUAAGAACAUGGAGUCUCCCUUGUGUAACGAAGCCCUGGUAGAUCAGCUGUGGAAACUUAUGAAUUCUGGGACUUCACAUGACUGGAGGUUACGGUGUGGUGCUGUGGACUUGUACUUCACACUUUUUGGCCUCAGUAGACCUUCCUGCUUACCCUUGCCAGAGCUUGGGUUGGUUCUUAAUCUAAAAGAGAAAAAAGCUGUCUUGAACCCAACCAUAAUUCCAGAGGCCAUCGCAGGCAACCAAGAAACUGCGAUUAAUCCAAGUAGCCAUGCACAGCUAGUUGGAUUUCAGAACCCUUUUUCAAGUUCUCAAGACGAGGAGGAGAUUGAUAUGGAUACUGUUCACGAUAGCCAGGCGUUCAUCUCCCAUCACCUGAACAUGCUUGAAAGGCCAUCAACUCCAGGGCUCUCUAAAUACCGACCAGCUAGCUCCCGGUCUGCCUUAAUACCCCAGCACUCACCAGGCUGUGACAGCACACCCCCCACGAAACCCCCGUGGAGUAUGGAACUUGCACGGAAGGGAACAGGUAAAGAACAGUCACCUUUGGAGAUGAGCAUUCUGCAUCCAGUUGCAACAACUCCACUGUCAGUGUUUUCUAAGGAGUCCGCGUCCUCCAAACACAGCGACCACCACCACCACCACCACCACGAGCACAAGAAGAAGAAGAAGAAGCACAAACACAAGCACAAGCACAAGCACAAGCACGACAGCAAAGAAAAGGACAAGGAGGCUUUCACGUUCUCCAGCCCCGCCAGCGGCAGGUCUGUCCGCUCCCCUUCCCUGUCAGACUGAGGACGGGCCAACGGAGGCCUUGCCCUUGGCGUCCAGGAGAACGCACGCAGCUAAGACUUGGUCCUCCAUAAGGAACGAUAAAUGGGGAAAAACGUCGCCUCUUAUAAAAACUUAGCAUCCAUCUGAGUUCUAAACAUUUGAUUUACAUUAUUUAUACAAUUGAGAUGUAAUUAGGAAAAUGUGUUUUAUAGUUCUGACUACUCCGUUUCCUCCUUAACACACCCACACACACACAACCCUCCCCCUUCACACAGGCCCUCGUCUCCACUGGCAGUCCCCAUUCCAAACAUCACGGUCUCCAUGUGUACUGCCAAAGUCAAUUAUGUUUUCAAGCCUUUGAUGGAUAUUAUCAGGCAAAAGUUAUGUUUUAAACAGAAGCUACUGCCAAAGCUGUGGUGAAACCACUGUUUCCAGUGACAUAUUGCAUACCACCAUUUGGAAUUACUGAAAAAGGCUUUUCCUGUAGAAUCUUCUCUCUGGGUGUGUGUGUGUGUGUGUGUGUGUGUGUGUGUGUUAAACAUAGAAACUAAAUCCAUUUGGAAUUACUGAAAAAGGCUUUUCCUAUAGAAUCUUCUCUCUGGGUGUGUGUGUGUGUGUAUGCGUGUGUGUGUGUGUGUGUUAAACAUAGAAACUAAAUCUCAGAAUUUAUAAACAAAAAUACCUGAUGAUUUUCCUUUGCCCUAACAUGGACAUUUUUAGAAAGCAGCAUUUGAAAAAAAAUUGAAUAACUUUUGAUAAUGGAUUCUGUGAUUAUGAUGUUGGAAUUUAACAACUAGCAAAUCUACAGUUGUUCUCAAAUCAGGAUGUUUAAAUUGGCUUUUUUUCAUUAAGUAUAGUGAAUAUAUGUUCAUACAUUAAAAAAUGUUUGCUAAAUGUGGACAAUAUGCACACCCAACACAUAUUCUAAAAUUAUUUCUAUAUGACUCAAAUUAUGGUACCUUAAAAAAGGUGUUUAUAUACUGUUCAUGAACUUGGAUAUAGAAAAUUCGGCCCUCAUGUGAGUAUACCAUAAACAUUUAGUUUUACAUGUCAAUAGUUUGUAUGUUUGUGUGUUUUUUUUAAUUUCUGAAUUUACUGUGUGCUUUAUUUUGUUUGUUUAAAAAUGUUUUUCAUACCUGUAGUAUUUUUAUCAUUUCCCUCCUCAUUAGGAAGUUUGGAAUAUACUUCUUCCCAGAAUAGAUAUUUCAGAAGGCUCCCAUAAUGUUAGACUUUUAAAUAUCCUUUUCUUUUCUUUUCACUUGUUUAAUAAAUAACUUUUUAAAUUGAU